GAGGACAGAGAGGGACAGCGGUCGAUACUCCACAAGCUUUGUGGGUGAUUCAAAGUUGGGCCUGACCCCUGGUUCCAGUAGCCCCCUUCAGAGGCUGUCAGCCCCCUCCUUUCCCCAAGCAGAGCUCACUGUGGCUGGGCAGGCCGAUAGGGAAGUCCCCCUGCUUCCUGAGGAAGAACCAGACAAUGGAGCGGAUACAUCUGGGCCUCGUCAACCUGUUAAACACGUCACUAUGGGUUACGACCCUGCCGGACUGAACACCCACAACAACACCCAGACUGACACACACUCAGACACACACACUGAUACACACACUGACAAUCACUCUCCACCCAACCUUCAGAGAAUUGAUAACACACGUGUUACCCACACUGACCCAGUCUCACCCACAAGCCAACAGACAGACUCAUCCUCAGACCAACAGACACACACAUCCACAGAUCAACAGACACAGUCAAUCACAGACCAACAGACACACUCAUCCACAGACCAACAGACAAAGUCAAUCACAGACCAACAGACACACUCAUCCACAGACCAAACGACACACUCAUCCACAGACCAACAGACACACACAUCCACUGAUCAACAGACACACUCAUCCACAGACCAACAGACACACUCAUCCACAGACCAACAGACACACUCAUCCACAGACCAACAGACACACUCAUCCACAGAACCACAGACACAUUCAUCCACAGAACCACAGACAAACUCAUCCCUCCCCAGAACCCUGCUCCUCCCUCCCUUUGAGCCCACUCAUCUUACCUCCAGCCCUCCUAAAGGUCCAGGAGAGCCAGGCAGGACCCAUAUCCCACACAGGGACCCACUGGUUGGUCUGACGGAGCAGGAUGGGUCCUUUGCAUGGAGGACAAUACGGAGCAUCACAGUACAGCAAGAGUUAACGUUCACCUCUGAGGUCACUCUUAAUCUGAAUUCACGGACCCUGGCCAGCAUACCUGUGUCACGUGAGACUGAGGGGGAGGGGCUACAUCUGUCAGGUGAGACUGAGGGGGAGGGGCUACCUGUGUCAGGUGUGACUGAGGGGGAGGAGCUACCUGUGUCAGGUGUGACUGGGUGGGAGGGGCUACUUGGGCCAUCACAGUUUUCUACGGAUCUAGACAGAAAUAAUCAAACAGUAGCAUCCAGUUCCGAGGCAGACAUUACUGGUCAAACAGACUCAUUAUCAUCCUUAGAGACAGAAUUAACUAAUGGGUCCAACACUCUGUCACACACACUACACACAUCACACACACCACACAACACACACACCAACCUAAACUCAACACCAUCCAGGGUUCUUCACACUCUGACCCCUGGAACCCUGACUGAAUUAAACGGCAUGUCACACACUACUCUGCCUUCACACAGUCAAACACACCCCACACACACUCACCUGCAUACAAACACUCCCUCAAGCUCUGCAAACCUCUCCCCUACUCUCCCUCCUGGGCUUCCUGACUCCCCUGUCUUUCCCUUCUCCCUCUCCGCCUCCCCCUCCCUCAGCCCUGACAAUCUGUACAAAUGGACUACAAAUCCCUACAUUGCCCCUCCCUCCACCACAACAUCGCUGCUUCUGGGCGAUGUAGUCCAGACCCACAUCUCAUCUCUCACUUCUGACGAUCCUCUGCUUGUAACCACAACAACCGACACCAUGAGGGACACACACACACCCCUGCUCAAACACACACAAAGUGCACACACACUCCUAACAGACACGGCUUUGCUCGAUAUUUCUCCUGGACACACACCUGUUCCCUUGACCAGUGUGUCCCCUGCACACACACUUGUCCCAGAACACAGUGCCACACACACUCCUCUCCCAGAACACAGUGCCGCACACACUCCUCUCCCAGGACAUACUGUCACAAAGACUCCUCUCCCAGGACACGCUGUCACAAACACUCCUCUCCCAGGAUACACAGUCACACACACUUCAUUCCCAGGACACAUUGACACAACUGGCUCUGUGGUAACCACCACAACCUCCCUCAUCCCUUCUAUCACAACUGGCUCUGUGGUAACCACCACAACCUCCCUCAUCCCUUCUAUCACAACUGGCUCUGUGGUAACCACCACAACCUCCCUCAUCCCUUCUGUCACAACUGGCUCUGUGGUAACCACCACAACCACAGUUCUGCCAUUGCUGACCAAGAAACCACCAUCACAGACUACAAAACUACCAUCACCAACCGUGAAACCAAUACCCUUGACUACACAGACUUCCCCCUGGUCCAGGAACUCCAGACACCCAGCCUGGACAGAGCCUUACCCCAGCGAGGGCAGCCGGUUGGCAGGUACAUCUUCUGGCCUGUCCCAGUCCACACAGAUCUCCAAACGCAGAGCCAGGAUUUAUAUCGUGCCUGAUCUGCCAGCUACAAUCAAAGAGGUGUCCAUUGAGUUGCUGCUGCAGGUUAUUCUGGAGGACACCGGUUUUGACCUGACGUCUGACCUGACCAGUGGCUCUGACUUAACCUCUAACCUGACCAGCGGCUCUGACUUAACCUCUGACCUGACCAGCAGCUUGGAGGAUGACACAACAGCAUGGGUGGCGCCGUACCUCCAGAGAGCCCCAGGAUUCCAGGACAUACAGGCGGUCUGGAGCAGUGGUCGAGUGGUCCAGAGUCUGGUGAUGUUUAGGACCUCGGAGGCGUUGGCCUGGCUGGGUGUGUCAGGGGCGGAGUCUCUCCUGGAACGCACUGGAUUGGCCCAGGCGGUUGGGGAGGGAAGGAGCUUCAGAGGGUCAAAAGUUACAAACAUCACUGUUGGAGGUGUGCAGUCUGAUGUGUGUGUGUGGUUGUUCCAGUGCCCUGCAGGUUAUGAGUGUGUGUGGCAACCAGGUGACCUGGCUGUCUGCUCGUCACUCUGCCAUUCUGAAUUCUGUCACAACCAGGGAAUCUGCACCCACCAGCCAGAACAGCUACCACUCUGCCAAUGCCCAGUCGGGGAUCACUUCUGGUUUAUGGGGAGUCGUUGUGACGUGAAGAUGACGCGGCAGCGGCUGGUGGGGGCAUGUCUUGGUGUGCUGGUCGCCAUGGUAGUGGUGAUCAGCCUCUUGGCGUGCCUGGCUGUGCGGCGAUACCGAGCCAUGCUGAUCCAUGCCAAAGUGGACCAGACUCGCAGCAGCUACCGUAGGUUCAACCAUUUUGACGAGCUGUCAGGUCGCUUCUGGGGGCGAUCAGUCGGUGGAUCAGCUGACUCGCUGGAUAAUCCCGCCUUCACCCACUCCGACGAAUUGCUUCACCUAAGGGCACUUGACCGCACCUGCUGUUACCACGACGACACACUAUCCCUGGCCUCCACCUGCCCUAGCAACGGAACUCACCUCAACACUGUCUACCAACACAGUUCCCAGUACGGCUGGGCACUCAGUGAGGUCAGCCUGGCUGAGUGUGUGGUGGAUUCUGGGAAAGCCAGCGACCUGUCAGUCUGCAGCUGGCCCAUCGAACCCAUCCAGUGGACACCCUUCCCCUUACUGCAGCAGCUAGCCUCCUCACAGAGAGCCACUACGGUGAGGGUGCCACGUCCUCGGUCCUACUGUGAAGGCAUGGAGCUGGUGGAGAUGGAGAAGAGCUGGACCGCCUAGCAACCAUUUAUGGACUGCCUAGCAACUGCCUAGUAAUCACCAUUCUGACCGCUGAGCAAUCACUGACAGAACAGAACAGUCUCCAUCCCAUAUCCACUUGGCCACGGUGAACUUUGGGACACCCUAGUGACGUAAAUGAUACAAUCCAUGAUGAAAUAUAUCACUGAACCAAGAGAAAAAAAUGAAUCCCUGGACAACUAAAUAAAUGGAUUUACUACAUACUGUAAACUGAAUUUCUGGACCAACUGAAUAAACUGGAUCAAACUAUU